UUCAUCCCCAUUUGCCACCUCUCUCUAUCUCCCUCGAAAUCCAUCUUCAAUGAAUUAAAGUUGCUUUCUUUAGAACUUUCUAGUCGAUCUGCGUAUUGGGUUUUGUUUGUCUUCAAUGGGUGCCAGUUUUUCUUUUUCAUGUACUGAUCGGAGAGAUGGGACUGUUUCUGUGCAAUCAAAGCCGAGUCUCGGUGACUUACCGGAGGAUUGUGUGGCUUUGAUUCUGGAAUAUUUAGGGCCUUCGGAGAUAUGUAAAUUGGCGAGUCUGAACAGGGCGUUUCGCGGUGCUUCUUGGGCUGAUUUUGUUUGGGAAUCGAAAUUGCCUCACAAUUAUCCGAUUCUAAUUGACAAAGUGGUUGGUGAUCUGCCUAGAAAGUUGGGUCGGAGAGAGAUUUAUGAGAGGCUUUGCAAGGUUAACACUUUUGAUGGUGGCACCAAGAAAUCAUGGUUGGAUAAGAGUACAGGGGAUGUUUGUUUGUCCAUUUCUUCCAAGGGUUUGGCUAUAACUGGGAUCGAUGAUAGGAGAUACUGGAAUCAUAUUCCAUCUGAGGAAUCUAGAUUCUCCAGAGUUGCAUAUCUUCAACAGAUCUGGUGGUUCGAAGUUGAUGGAGAGGUUGAAUUCCCAUUCCCACCGGGGACAUAUAGCGUUUUCUUUAGGCUGCAAUUGGGGCGUGCCUCGAAGAGGUUUGGUCGCCAGAUAUGUAAUACCGAACAUGUUCAUGGUUGGGACAAAAAGCCUGUUCGAUUUCAGCUAUCGACUUCAGAUGGUCAAAAUACUGCCUCACAAUGUUUCCUGGAUGACCCGGGAAAGUGGAAUCACUACCAUGUAGGGGACUUUGUCGUUGCAAAUGCCAAUGUGACAACAAAGAUUAAGUUCUCUAUGAUGCAGAUCGACUGCACACACACAAAAGGCGGUCUUUGUCUAGACUCCGUGGUAGUGUAUCCGAGUAUGUGUAGAGAAAGGUUGAAGCAGUUUUAAAAUCGCUAUUAACCUUGUACAUAGGACAUUUUACAUCGCAGUGAGAGGAGAGGGUCUAAGAGCGGCUUCGAGUAUUAUUUGGUCGUUUUAGGCAUGGAGCCUUGUGAAUACAACAAGCAUUGUGUAUAAUUAUCCCUUGACAGUUGCAUCAAGUUUGUAUCUGCAGUGAGGUAGGAGGGCGUGCUAAGAGCGGCUUUGAGUAUUAUUUGGUCAUUCUAGGCUUGGAGCCCUGUGAAUACGAGCACUGGGUAUAAUUAUCCUUUACAGUUGCAUCAAGUAUGUAUUUGCGCUUCUCGUUUUCAUGUAAAUCUUUUGGUUUGGAAUCUGGCUCUUGUCGUCCAGGUCUUGAGCAAGAAUUAAGGGAAUUUCGAAUGUCAUUAUCGGCUUUUAGUAAGGGUCUUUGUCUCUUUCAUUUA